GCGUACCCCCGGGCAGUCCCGGCGCCAUGGGCGGGCAUUGGGGGCCCUGGCCCGCCCUGUGAGUCACUAGUGCCCGCCCUGGAUGAGUCGACAACUCCACGUCCCACCAACCACCAGUCCUUGCUUUUUUUAAUCAAUAGGCUACUGUCAUCAAAAGUUAUCGUUUUGUAUCAUAACUACCGGAUAAAAAUGUGUUUGAUCUGAUUUAAAAAAAUAAAAUAAAAUAAGAUAAAAUAAAAUAAACGGAUUUGAUUGGUUUGUAAAUAUUGAGCGCGGAAAUGUUUGGUUGUGUGCUAAGCAUAGUGCUGUCGCUUAAUGUUAGCAGUCAUUUUUUAAACAACUGCUGAACUAUCUCGUGUGACAGUGUCUGAGGAUAUACCAAUCAAAGACCACCAAAGUUGGCAGGAGAGAUAAGCGAGGUAAUGUUAGGCGAAAGCCCGAGUGUUGCUGUGAGACUGAGACAUAUCCAGCUGCAGACCCGCAGCACCACAGUUUCAGAACCGCAGCCACAGAGACUGACGCGCUUCUACUAUGAUAUUUGUCUGAACUAUUUUCGCUGCUAAAACAGAACAGAAACAGUCAAAAUUGCGUCUAAAAUCCUUUAAAUGCGACCAUCAGAAGACACAGGAUUCGAAAUGAGAUGCAGCAAUCAGAUGUUGAUGAAAAACACAGAUUAAGAGGAAGAAAGAAGAAGAAGAUCCGAUUAGCGGAAAAAGCCAGCAUGAAGAAACUGCUUGUGGACGUGGACUGUGGUGUGGAUGAUGCUCAGGCUCUCAUGAUGGCUUUGGCAGCGCCGGACGUGCAGAUCCUGGGCAUCACUUGCGUUCAGGGCAACACUUCAGUAGAAAAUGCCUGCAAGAAUGUCCUGCGUGUCCUGAAAGUGUGUAAGCAUCUGGAGAUUCCUGUAUUUCGUGGAGCAGCUAAUUCACUCUUGGGGCAAACCGUCGGUUCUGGAGAUUUUUACGGCAAAGAUGGACUUGGAGACGCCCCAGAUCCCGAAGCUCCUGGUCUGGAACUUGUCCAGAAAGAGAUCGCUGCGUCAGCCAUGAUCCGAAUAGUCAAUGAGAAUCCUGGAGAGGUGUCUUUAGUGGCCACGGCUCCGCUAACGAAUGUGGCUUUGGCGGUGAAACUGGACCCCUCAUUUCCCCAGAAACUCAAAGGCCUUUACAUUAUGGGUGGCAAUACAGACUCUCGUGGGAACAUCACUGUGUGUGGAGAGUACAACUUUGCAGCUGAUCCUGAAGCAGCUUAUAUUGUCCUGAAUGAAUUCAGUUGCCCAAUUUAUAUUGCAACCUGGGAGUUCAGCUGUCGCAGUCAAUUACCCUGGGAGUUCUGUGAUGGUUGGCUGGCCCAGGACACAGAUAAAGCUCGCUUUAUGAAGCAGAUCUUUCAGAAGAUCAUGGAUUCCAGCAAGAAGCCUGAAAAGGAGCUGGAGGAGGGACAGGGAUUCAUCUCCUGUGACUCUUAUGCCAUGGCAGCGGCCAUAGAUGACACAUUUAUUAUUGAAAACGAACACAAAGCGGUCACUGUGGAGCUUGCAGGAAACUACUGCCGGGGAAUGAUGGUUGUAGAUCAUCUCGACCUUCUGAAGAAGAAUCACAAAGCCCACAUCUUGAAGAAGGUCGACUUGGAAAAGUUUAAAGUGCUCAUGAUGAAUGCUUUGAAAUAAAUGUUUAUUAGCAGCCGUCUCUGUAACAGGAAGAUUGUUUCUGUGCACUGUCACAUCCAUUAAGGGUCAAACAGUGGAGUGUGUGCAAUCUUACAAGUACUUGGGGACAAUCAUUGAUUUGAAGUUGAGUUUUGAAGUCAACUGCGAAGCAGUGUGUAAAAAGGGACAUCAACGUCUGUUUUUUUUUUUUUUUUUUUUUUUAAAGAAAAUUGAUAAAUUGAUAAAACUGCU